UGUUGUUCCUUGCCAAACAAUAGAAGACGAACGUAUUCGAGAGUAAGCUAAUAUAAAAUCGGGCGACCGGAUCGGGCGUUAAUCGUUAAUUGUUCAAUUAAAUGCAGUUAAUGACGCGCCGGCCUGCAUAGUGCGAUCGCAUAGUCACCGAGUGGACCGUGGCCCCCUAGCGCUAUAGUCGUAAUCCGAACCCGAAUCGCUCCAUCGGGAAUCGUUAAUUGUGAAUCCGAGCGAUGAACAAGGUGGGCAAGCACAUCCAAAGCGGCAUCGGCGGAGCACCAAACUCGGCAUUGUCCACGGCGGCUCUACUGGGUACUCCGCUGGAGGCGUCCAAUGGAGCCGGGUCGGCCAGCACCACCAAUGUGUUCAAUUCCAUUAUGAGCUUCCUGCCGGACAAUCGACCCAUAACCUCGCUGCACAUCGUCGAGGAUUUCGAGCGCUGCCCGAAGAACUUUAGUGCCAUUAACCGCACCUACGACCAGGACUCGGAUGCGGACCUAUGGCGCGACUACAGCCUGUUUGGACGCCAGAACACACGCUACCUCUGCCUGUCCAAGUCCGAGGGCCUGCCCGAAUACGUGGUGGAGACCCUACAAGUGAUUUCGGAUAAAACGCCGCCGCCUAAGGAAUUCUCUCAGGUCUCCCGCACUGCCGACAGUGAUCAGAAGGCUUGGCGCAAGCGGCAGGUGAUCUACAAGCUCUCCAAGCGCGGCACUGUGACCCAGGCGGUUACCGACAUAAUACUCUGCUCCAAGUUGAAGGCAGCGCCCGAUGGCUUCAAGCUGGCCGGCGAUAUCAAUGGAGUGCUCAUCUGCUACAAAACGAGCGCGAUCCCAGUGCGCCUCUCGCCACCAGUGCCAGGUGUGGGAGUGCCAGCUCCAGCCACCUGCGAGGUGGAGCAAGCCCUGAACCGCCUGAAUCUCCAGGGUCAACGCAACUCACGAGGACCACAGCUGCCACAACCACCGACUGAACACCAUGACUAUGAGGAGAUCCAAGCCAAUUAUCAAAUAAACUCGCCACAGCGACCGGCGCCACCUCGGCCGGCGGGAGUGGGUUCCGGAGGAGGACGCGGUACUUACGGCGGAACGGGCACCUUGGGCACCUACACCGAGCUGGAGGGAGUGCCUUUCGUCAUGGACGUUAGGCUGCAGCGCAACCAAGCUGUGAAUGAUAUACCUACACUGCCUGAAAUCUCUACGCUGCUUAAGUCUCUGGACUAUGACUUUCAGCUGGAACGUCAGAUCUUAUGCACCAUGAAGUCAUCGGCAUCUAAGAACCCGUUUUUUAAGUGAGAGUGCAAAACUUUCAUCGGGAGCAUCGCAAAUUGAUUGUUGGGCAAAUGUAAACAGCAAAGCAACAGAACCGGAAAUGAGUGGUUUUUAUAAUUAGUUUAGCGUAAGCUUGAUGCAAUCGCAUAAUGAUGCGCAUGUGGCAGCUGUCAUAAUACACCCAGUAGUUAUUCAGUUGAAAUUAAGUUCGGAAGUCCCCGACCCCUUAGAGUAAAAUGUGUGUAAUAUUCCUGUGCCUUCGAUAUGUAUCUAAUUUUGAUGCUUGCCCGAGCAAUCCAUGCAUCUCAGUUUUGUAAAACCCCUCAUUGGAAAGCAACCGAAUCAGAAUCCUACCUAUUUACAUCAUAGAAAUCAUUCAUAUACAUGCAUCGAUUAUUAACCCCGAAUUGUGAUCAGAGGAGCCAGCGCAAUGUGUUGUCAUUAAUUUAGAGGCGCUACAUCAGAUGGCUUUACGUGUACACAACACAUUCGCAUAUGUAUACCGAAAGGCCCACGCAUAAGAUAUAUGUACAUAUGUACACCUACCAUAUAUGUCCAAAAGUGUAAUGUUAAUGUUGAAUCAAGUCUAGAAAGCGGACUGCUAAUAUAAACCUAGUACAUACAAGCAUAUAUCUAAUAUAUAUAUAUAUAUACCUUUAUAGGCCACAUAGCACUUAAAACCAGUUGGUUUUUAAAAAAACAUAUAUCUAUUACAUAUUAGAUCUAGUGACUAUUAGACUGUAUUGCAAAAUCAUAGAUUCUUCCCAACUGCCUCCGUCCCCGUCACCCCGCAUUCCCAGCUCCUUUUCGCCCACCCCAAAAACACCCCACCACGUUAUAAAGCAGUUCAAAUACAAGGAAAAUAUAUAUACGCCCGUGCAAAUACAA